AAUACCAAUUGGCGCGAAAAUUGGUGCAAGCUCAAAAUCCCCAAAUUGCAACCUUUUAGGGUUUUUAUUUUAUGUUCACUUCCUUCAAUUUCACAAUCGACAAUCGUUUUGACAAUGUCGAAUAUCAGCGGUCAGAUGGAAGAAAUCAAGGCCUUAAUAUCAUCUGAUUCAAAAGCAAACCGAUCGUUCGGUUAUUCAACUUUUUUGCACUUCCAAGAACAGUCCAGUGACAGUCCUCCUUCAAUCCAAGCCCUAAUUCAAAGUUCUCGUUGUCUUCUAAAUUUAAUCGACUCUGAUAUCCACCAUGAAGACGAAGAAAUAGCUGCUCAAGCCUUGAAGUGCUUGGGAUAUAUGAUCUAUCACCCUUCCCUUAUCGCUGCAAUUCCUGCUGAAGAUGUAAAGCUGCUUUUAGAGUCAUUGGCUAAACUCAUCACCGUUACAAAAAUGAAGUCAGUUUGUAAUUUAGGCGUGUGGUGUAUAUCUAUGCAACAAUUUGAUACACCACUUUUAGCUGCUUGCUUUGAUACAUUGCUGCCGGCGGUUGUUCAUGCCCUUGAUAAUCCUAGUGGCUCAUUGUCAACAACGUUUGAGGCCAUGCAGGCUGUGGCAAAGUUAACAGCCCAAAUGAGUGAAAUGAUGCGAGAAUCAGCACACUUAUGGGCUCCUCCAAUAUAUAGAAGACUUCUCAGCAUUGAUAAGAGAGAGCGAGAUAUGUCAGAGAGGUGUCUUUUGAAAAUUAAGUCUACAAUACUUCCUGCUCCAAUAAGUCUUUCAAAGGCUAUUAUUGAAGACAUGAGGAAAAAUUUGCUGAUGGGGAUGAAGGACUUGUUAGACAAGGGUAUGAAAGUUCAAACUGUCCAGGCAUGGGGGUGGUUUAUCAGCUUCCUAGGAUCUGGUGCCUUGAAGAACAGACAUCUAGUAAAUGAUAUGUUGAAGGUUCUUGAGCAAACAUUUUCAGAUCACAACCCACAAGUCCAGAUUGCUUCUCUGGUUGCCUGGCAAGGUCUUAUUGAUGCCCUGGUUCACCCUCAAAUACUGUCCUGCAAAAGGAAUGCAAGUCAACGGUUACAAACAUCCUCAGGAAAAAGCAGUGAAUUGAUGUUAAAUGGAUUUUCAAAAAGCUUAAAGCUCACAAUGAUACCUCUAAUAGGAAUCAUUUCAAGUAAAUGUGAUAUAUCUGUUCUCUCAUCCUGCCUAAACACAUGGUGUUAUCUCCUACAUAAGCUUGAUACAUCCAUCAACUCUCCAUCAGUAAUUAAAGUGGUAUUGGAUCCUAUGUUUCAAGAAAUUUUAAAGAUGGGCCCAGAUAGUAAAAGUAUCCAGCUAUGGAAUUUUUGCCUUGAUUUGCUUGAAGAUUGUAUAUCAGCGAAGUGUUCAGAUUUGAUCUCUGAUCCAAAGGACCAGGUAAACCUUCGUCUUUCUGCUAGAAUCAUAAUUCCCGGGUUUGGAAGGUACUCAUGGAAGCAAUAUCCUAUUAAAUGGUUGCCUUGGGAUCUUAAUCAGUUGGACUUCCACCUAAAGAUGAUUGCUAUUAUCAUUACUCAUGUGGCAACAGCAACAGUUUCCCCAGAAUGCAAAAAAACGGCACGUGAUGCAGCUGUCAGGAUAUUUAGAUCUGUUUUAAAGGGAGUGCAAAUGGAGUUUAGAAACCCAUUAAAUAAUUAUGAUAACAUUAUGUUCUGUUUGAAUAGAAUAUUUAGUUUCACAAAGAAAGUAGGUGAAGAUGCUAGUUCAGAAGGUGUUGGUGAUUUGUUUAAUACUUCCCUUUCUUUAAUAGAGGCUGCUGUGGAUGAGUUAGAACCUUCUAUUAUGGAAUCCCCUCUAUACAAGGUGGCUUUAGACAUCAAUUAUGUUGGCACUCUGGAUUCAGUUAACCGUUCAAAAGUACCGCACCAGUGUUCUUUUAUGGAUAUGGUUUCACCCAUGGUUUAUCUAACUGUACUCUACCUCACUUUGGUGGUUCAGUUAGCUAUAAAUACACCUGAGAUGGAAUUGAUUUUACAGAGGCUUCAAAGUUUUUAUAAAUCUGUACUGUCUUUUGAUGAUCCCCUGGAAAGUUUUCUUGCUUCUGUUGGUUUAUUAUAUGGGCACAUGGGUUUUAAGUACAUGGAGAUAUGUAUGGCGAUGGUGACAUGUCUUAAUGACUAUAUUAAUGGUAUGGAGGAUCUCUCCCUGUUCAAAACAGAUUCUGACAAUGCAUUUUAUAGGGCCAUCUGCCAUCUCUUAUCAUAUCCAUUCAUUUUGUUCUCUUGUUCUGAGAAAGAUUUAGCCCUGUUGAACUCUGGUGACGCCCUGAAAGAAUCUUUUGUUUUAUCAGAGAGAAAACUUGAACAGGCUAUUGAGAUUUGGAAAUCAUUAUAUGUUUCUGUUUGUGCUGCGUUCUUUAAGUUAUCCGCUACAAACACUCUUGGCGGUGAUCUGUGUGCAAUGUUAAAUUCGUGUUUGGAUGAAAAUGGCAGCAUAUUUCGGUAUAAUAGCGAGCUUGGUUUAUGUUACAAGGAUCUGGAAUUCUCUUGCAUUUCUUUCACUGGCAACGUUUUGGUAUGUAUCUUGGAACAGAAACUGACUUCAGAUACAGGCGAAAGUGGAAAAGAAUGUGGUGUCUGUAAUGAGUCCAGUGGCAUUAUCAAUAUUUUAGAAUUUUCUUCCAGAGUCAUGAAAUUCUUGUACAUAAACAUGGCAAAGGAACCAGCGUUGGGGAUUGUGAAUUCAAGGGUAUUCUCUGCAUUGACUCGCUUCAUUUGUCGCCUUCACUCGAAGCAAGAUAUUCUUUCAUUUUUUGAGAUAAUAUCCGGUUCACUGCUUCAAUGGUUAUCACAUCAAGAUAUAAAGGAUGAACAUGUCAAGGAUCAACUGGGAAUCCUCUGGGCUGAGAUCCUCGAUUCUAUACGGAGGAGUCAGCCUCUGCUAACAUUCGAUUCUUCUUUCCUCAAACUUCAAGCACCGCUCCUCGAGAAAACGCUGGAUCAUCGGAAUACCUCCAUUUCUGAUGAGACCAUUAUCUUUUGGAACUCCACAUAUGGCAAGCAAACCAACUUGGAGUAUCCCCAAAAUCUGCUUCAUGUUCUACACAAGUUGUCAAGAAUCGGAAGAAUAAGCCUCUACAAUAGAAGUAAAUCACUUGUAGCAAGAUGCUCCACACUAGAAAACGACACCGGCACUUCCGCUGCCUCCGCCCCACGGUGUUGCAAGAUCACUGCAACACAGAACAGGAGCUCGAAGCGAGUAGAGUUGACGGAGGAGGGUAUGAUUGCUGCAGUUAACCAAAAGGAUAAGCCACCAUUGAAUUCGAAACGAAAAAGAGUGGAACUAACAGAGCAUCAAAAAGAAGUAAGACGAGCACAGCAAGGAAGGGAGAGGGACUGCAAUGGACAUGGUCCCGGGAUCCGAACUUAUACUGGUCUCGACUUUUCGCAGGGAAACGAGGACUCGCAAGACAGUCAGGAUAUUCGGAAACCAUGAUGGAGAUGUUGAGAAGAUGGGCGCAAUUGAAUUGUAGUAACAUCAAUUUAUCGAUAAUGAUGUUUGUUUAUGUUCAUAUAUACAUUAGAAUUUGUGUUUGGAUAUAAAUCCAAAUAAA